AUGGAGGAUAAUUCAUUGAACUUCGAUUCAGCUCCAGGCAGUAAUGCCAUACUCGAGCAGCCACCACUUCCCGCAGAGUCUACCUCAUCACCAAGUCAAGGGACCACUGGGCAAACCCAAGCAGCGGAAGAUAUUCCAAUGGGUGAAGCUAGUUCUGUUGAUCCAGACAUUAAGAAAAGCUCAACUGCGCCUGCCUCGGACAAUCCGCUCGAUGCGCCUGCCGCACCUCGUCCAGAAGCAGAUGAACCCAAGGAUGAGGAGAUGGGUAAUUCUCAAGCACAAGACGAAGUGAAAGAAAGCAAAGAAGGCGAUGGAGAAAAUGGAACUGCAGACGGACAGGUCGAGAAAACAAAAGCUUCGAUUGAAGCAUCAGCAAGGGAACAUCUCAUAUCGCAAACACAUUUAACCCUAAUACCGAGUUAUAGUAAUUGGUUCGACAUGCGUGUCAUUGCACCUGUCGAGAAGAAGUCCUUGCCGGAGUUCUUCAACAACCGCAAUCGCAGCAAGACCCCAGCUGUCUACAAAGAUUAUCGAGACUUCAUGGUCAAUACCUACCGAUUGAAUCCAAUAGAGUAUUUGACUGUGACAGCAUGCAGGAGGAAUUUGGCGGGAGAUGUUUGCGCUAUUAUGCGUGUUCAUGCCUUUCUCGAGCAAUGGGGCUUGAUCAAUUAUCAAGUUGACGCGCAACAAAGACCUUCCCAAGUUGGUCCUCCGUUCACCGGGCAUUUCAAGGUAAUAUGCGAUACCCCGCGUGGCCUGCAGCCGUGGCAGCCUUCCGCCGAUCCGAUCGUUCUCAAGGGCAAGAAACAUGAAGACACGGAAGCCAAGGCAGCUGCAGAGCCAGCUUCCAAGUCCGACUUGAAUCUGCAGAUAGGACGCAAUAUAUACGACGCUACUGCCAAGGAAAAUAGACUGAGUGCUGACUCUAAAAAACAAACGAAUGGUGAGGCUGCGAGCACUAAUGGCACUUCGGACAUUGUUCAAAAAUCCAUCGAGGAUAUUGCGAAGCCCCCGGCAACGAAGAUCCUCUGUUUUGUUUGCGGUGUUGAUUGCACUCGUGUCUAUUAUCAUCAUAUGUCUCCAGCCGACCCGUCAGCUUCUGGAACCACUAAGGGUAAAUCAGAUAUCUGUUCAAACUGUUUCAUGGAAGGUCGAUACCCUCACAACCAUGCCCGAUUACAAUACCAAAAGAUGGAGAAUCCAACAUACAGCGCCGCUCCUGAACUUGCUCGUGAUUGGAGUGAUACCGAGGUCCUGCGACUCUUGGAGGCUUUAGAGAGCAACGAUGAUGACUGGACGGCAGUUGCGGAGUAUGUUGGUACCAGAACUAAAGAAGAAUGUGUGGUCAAAUUCCUGCAGUUUGAAAUUGAGGAUAAAUAUAUCGAUGUGGAGCCAAGCAAUACGGAUAAAUCUAUCGGCGUCGGUAUGUUAGGCCCCGAGAACGGCAUGCUUCCCUUCAGUCAAGCGGAUAAUCCGCUUAUGUCUGUGAUUGGGUUCCUGGCGAGUCUCACGGACCCUAAGGUUACGGCAGCUUCAGCUGGUAAAACAGUAGACGCGAUGAAGAAAAGCCUACGAGAAAAGAUUGAGAACCCGAAAGGAUCCGAGAAGGGGAACGACAAGGAGGCAGUUUCGGACUCGAUGGAGAUUGACACUACUGAGUCAAAUAAACAAUCGUUAAAUGAGAUUGCUGGCUAUCCUUUGGUUGCCGUCGCUGGUCGUGCUGGUGCCUUGGCAUCCCAUGAAGAACGCGAAAUGACUCGCUUAGUAUCAGCCGCUGUCAAUCUCACAUUAACGAAGCUCGAUUUGAAAUUGAAGCAAUUUAACGAAAUGGAGGAUAUUCUACAAGCGGAGCGAAGGGAGUUAGAAAGAGGCCGUCAGCAACUCUUUUUAGAUCGCCUGUCCUUCAAAAAGCGUGUUAGAGAUGUACAGGAAGGUCUAAAAACAGCCGCGGCAACGGGCGGAGAACAAGGAAUUAAAAUGGCUCAAGACGUCAUGCAAGGAGGGGAGAAAAUGUCUUUCAAUGGUGUUGCGGCUGCUCCUGGAAGCGUACAACCUUUGAGUGCGGAAGGUCAGAUCAAGAGUUAUGAUAUUUAG